UGUGUGUGUGUGUGUGUGUGUGUGUGUGUGUGUGUGUGCAUGCACGCACACCUCCUUUCAGUUUCCCCUCCUACUUCCCAGCGAUAUAGUUAAACUUUCGAGUGGCAGUGGAGUCCAUAAGAGCAGGAUCUUUAAAGCGUGCACUGCAGGACUGUCUGCCUCGUUCCCCCCCCUCCCCCGUGGACUCAUGGAGUACUACUGCACCCUGCUGCUGUGGACAUGGGCCAUGCUGCCAGGACUCCGUGUCUGUUUCAACAUCGACACCAGGAACCCCAGGAUCAUCAAGGGCUCCAGAACAGCUCAGUUUGGGUACACCGUGCAGCAGCAUCAGGCAGGUGGACAGAAGUGGUUACUAGUUGGAGCUCCAUUUGAAACCAACGGCCAAUACCAGACAGGGGACGUCUACAAAUGCCCACUGAGCAAGAGGUCCAGAGGUGGCUGCUCCAAGCUCAAUUUAGGAAGGAUAUCCUUGACUAAUGUGUCAGAGCGCAAGGACAAGAUGAGGCUAGGAAUGACUCUGGCGUCCAACCCCAAGGACAACAGCUUUGUGGCCUGCGGUCCCCUUUGGUCCCAUGAGUGCGGCAGCUCCUAUUACAGCACCGGCAUCUGCUCCCGGGUCAACGCCAGCUUCAAGUUCUCCCGCACCAUCGCCCCCGCGUUCCAGAGGUGUGACAACUACAUGGACAUUGUGAUUGUUUUGGAUGGAUCCAACUCUAUCUACCCUUGGACAGAUGUGCAGGAGUUUCUUAUCAACAUCCUACAGAAGUUCCACAUUGGACCAGGACAAAUACAGGUCGGAGUGUUACAGUACGGUGAGAAGGUGGUUCAUGAGUUCCACCUGAAUGAUUUCCGCUCCGUGGAGGAGGUGGUGAAAGCAGCCCGCAAAAUUGAUCAGCGAGGUGGGGAGGAAACGCGGACGGCGCUUGGCAUCGAAAUGGCACUGUCGGAGGCUUUUAAGCAGGGGGGUCGACGUGGUGCCAAGAAGGUGAUGAUCGUUAUUACAGAUGGAGAGUCACACGACAGCAAUGACUUGCAGCGGGUGAUUGAGGAGAGCGAAGACGAAAAUAUCACCCGCUACGCCAUCGCUGUCCUGGGCUACUACAACCGACGUGGGAUCAACCCAGAGGCCUUCCUGAAUGAGAUCAAGUACAUUGCCAGCGACCCCGAUGACAAGCAUUUCUUCAAUGUGACAGAUGAAUCUGCAUUGAAGGACAUUGUUGAUGCACUUGGGAACAGGAUUUUCAGUUUAGAAGGAACAAACCAGAAUGAGACGUUUGGCCUCCAGAUGUCCCAGGCAGGUUUCUCCUCUCACAUUGUGGAGGACGGGAUCCUUGUGGGGGCGGUGGGGGCGUAUGACUGGAACGGUGCGGUGCUGAAGGAGACUCGCAUGGGGAGGGUGAUUCCUCCAAAAUCCUCCUAUCAGAAAGAGUUUCCCGAGGAGCUGAAGAACCAUGGCGCAUACCUAGGCUACACCGUGUCAUCUGUGGUGUCUGCCAAGGACGGCAGGCUCUUUGUGGCAGGAGCUCCACGCUUCAACCACACCGGCAAGGUCAUCAUCUUCACCCUGACCAACACUGGCAACCUCACCAUCAUUCACUCCCUGAAGGGACACCAGAUUGGGUCCUACUACGGAAGCGAGAUUGCACCAGUGGACAUCGACGGAGAUGGAAUAACGGAGCACCUCUUGGUGGCAGCUCCCAUGUUCUUUGGAGGCGGGUGGGAGAGGGGCAAAGUCUACAUCUACAGGGUGACAGAGCAGCCCCGGUUUAUCCUGGACGGGGAACUAGAGAUCGUGGACAGGGGGCAGAAUUCUCGAUUCGGGUCCUCAAUAGCCCCCGUCCCGGACCUCAACGGGGACCGAUAUAGUGAAGUGGUGGUUGGCGCACCACUGGAGGAUGACCACCGGGGAGCCAUAUACAUCUUCUUCGGCCAGCGUGAUGGAAUAUUGCAACAGUACAAGCAGAGGAUUGGUGCAGCAGACCUCUCAUCUAGCUUGAAGUAUUUUGGCUGCAGUAUUCAUGGAAAGAUGGACCUCAACGAGGACGGACUGGUGGACCUGACGGUGGGCUCCCUCGGGGCGGCUGUGCUGCUCUGGUCAAGGAGUGUCGUUCGCAUCUAUGCCAACGUUCGGUUUGAACCCUCCAAGAUAAACAUCUUCAACAAGGACUGCCACCGAGGGGGCAAAGAAGUGACCUGCAUGUCAGCCAUCGUGUGUCUCAAUGUAACAGCCCAGACUCCCAUUCUGCCAAAUAGCAAAGUGGCCUUGAGUUACAGCGCCUUCAUUGAGGACCGCCGCUACACCCCUCGGGCUCUGCUAGAUGACAAUGAGAAGCAACAGUCCCGAAACCUCACCCUGCUUCCUGGGACGGAGUCCUGUGACCAUGUCUACUUUCAUGUCUUGGAAACAGCCGACUACGUGCGACCCAUAGUCUUCACGGUGGAAGUAAACCUUCAGAACCCCAACGUGGGCCCCGUGCUGGACGACAGCUGGCCAACCACGGUCAGGACUGAGCUCCCCUACUGGAAUGGGUGUGACGAUGAUGACCACUGCAUGCCUGACCUAGUCCUGCACAGUCAGUCUGAUCUGUUGGAUAGUAGGCAGUUCUGUGGGCAGGCAGUGCGCUCUGGGGCCAUUGUCUGUCAACAGCAGUGGACAGGGAAGGAGUCCGAGCGAGUGAUUGAGGGAUCACGCAGGAGGAUGGUGGUGGAUGCUCGCCUGGAGAACCGCGGUGAAAAUGCCUACAGUGCCCAACUCAACAUCUCGUACACAGCUAAUCUGCGCUUCUCCAGCUUGAUCGUCAAGGACAGCUCAGACAUCAAGAUUGAGUGCCGUACCAAUGGCAAGCAAAGGCAUGAGAAGACCUGCAAUGUCAGUUCGCCCUUCAUGAGAUCCCAGGCUCAGGUGCUUUUCCGCCUGGAGUUUGAAUUUAGCCGGACAGUGUUCCUUGACCACGUGCAAAUAAUACUGCAGGCCAGCAGCGAUGGGGAAGAAGUGAACACAGCUGACAACUACAAUGACAUAUUUCACCCUCUGAAAUACGAAGCUGACCUCCUCUUUACGAGGGACUCAAACCCCUCUCGCUGUGAGAUCAAGUCUGAGCGCUCUCUGGAAAAGCCUGCCAGCUGGAGGCCACCUUUUAACUUCACCUUCCAGAUACAGAACCUUGGCUUUUUCCCUGUGAGAGAUUUGCAGCUGAAUAUUGAAAUUCCUGAUAUGACCAAAAGCAUAAACCAGGUUCUACAGAUAGCAGACUUCUAUACUGAUGAGACAGAUGGAACACACUGCAUCCCCCAACUUAAUGUGACUCAGAGCCAGGACUCCCCUGAGGACAUCACCCCUUUCCCACAGCUGAAUAUGUCCAGCAGCAUCACAGUUCCUGUCCAGUGCAGCAUCAGCCUACCACCCCACAGGACCAUCACUGUGAGAAUCAGUGGCAGCCUGCACAUAGAUGCCCUGAGCUCUGUGAAGUUCAAGACUCUGAAGCUGGUGACGACGGCCUUCAUAGAGCUGAGCCCAUCCAGCCCCAUGUUUCUCUUGGAAGAGAGACCCACGCGACACAUAAUCCUAGAGAUUAGAAAGGAAGAAGAUCAGAGGAUUCCCAUCUGGAUUAUAAUUGGAAGCACACUGGGGGGACUCUUGUUACUGGCUCUGCUCAUCUUGGCCUUGUGGAAGCUUGGGUUCUUCCAGCGGCAGAAGCGGCAGCAAGAGGGAGGGCAGGAGGUGAAUGGGAAGCUGGCGGAAGAGCGCUAAGGCCGCCUGCUGCGGCUGGCCCAAACUCAGGGACCAUCAGGGAUGGAGGCCACAGACAGCUCUGAGUCAGUAAGGGAGGGACGACUGCUUUGUGCCCUGGGAGUACUGGUCCCCCACGAAGACACACUGCCAACCCACAACCAGACAAGCACAGUUCAGCCUGCCCACUCAUUUCCUCGAGACCAGUCUGUUCCCAUCCUUCCUCCACGCUCCAAGCGCUGAAUUCUCCUCCCCACGUGGUGGAAAGCAAUGCAGGGCCCUUACUACAUGCCCUUACCACAGAAUAGUUGCUUCUACUGGGCAGAUAAGGACUGAGCUUUGAGUGUAAAUCGCCAAUCUCUAACUAACUACUAAAGAUAAUGCUCUGUUGCUGUGGCCUCCCUCAUCGCAAACCUCCGGUCCGAUUCUGUACCUGUCGCUUCUGUCAUCUUUCGUUUAUGCAAGUGGAUGUAUCUGAACCUGGUGGCCCCCGGUGCACCUGGCAGGAAACGAGGAGCCCGUUGGUUUAAGAGUGAUGGGAUCGGCAGGAGCUGGCUCAGUUUCAGGAACUGCGUGGCCUUGCAGCGGAGGACUGAACUCAGGCACUGGACAGAUCAGCUCAGAUCUCACAGCAGUAGCAUCAGGAGGCAGUUUCUUCAGCACACAAGAAACUGCAUGACAUUGCUGACACUUUCCCUAUCAAUCCCUGUGAGGAACUGGUAUCCAGAUCUAGCAUUAUAUGAUAACCCAUACUUCUCUAUUAAUGAGGAGGAAGAGUUUCCUAGUUUUUUAUCUGUAUUUUUUAAAAGAUAUC